AUGCAACCUACACGACCACCCCUCCCACCGAUACACCCCCAACUCAAAGACAAUAGGAGUUCACCCUUGACCCUCGACUACCCCUUGACCCUCGACUACAACCCUUACCACCGAUUCACCCGAUCUUGUCUCGACCCCCACCCAACCCAAUGGUUCAUAGACAACCCUACGUACCACCCUUCGAACACCGCGAACCUCAAGGACGAGGAGCAAAUAAGAGAGGCGGAGGUAAUGAUAGUAGAAGCAACCAUACGGAGGACUCCUACCGCAAAGAUAACUACAAAAGAGGUAGAAGAGGCGGUAGAGGAGGAGGUAGAAGAGGAAGUGGAAGAGGAAGUAAAGAAGGAGGUGAUAGAAGAAGAGGAGGUGGAGGUAGUAAUAGAAGAGACCCUGACCAAUCAGCUAAAGGAGGCUAGAGAUCAAGCCUAG